AUGGCUGCUGUGGAACUGAAGACCGGGAAUGGCGAUGCUAAACCUGUGGGGAAUGCAACGACAUCGUCGGUUAAUGUAAGGGUAUUGUUCUUUGCCAGAGCUCGAGACCUAACUGGCACGGCAGAUACUUUAUUGGAGGUGACAUCGGGCAGUACAGCAGGGGACUGCUUGAAAGAACUCAUUGCUAGAUUUCCCGCAUUGGAAGAGAUCAGAGAAUGCAUGGUGCUCGCUCUGAAUGAGGAGUACACAUCUGAUUCUGCAGUCGUCAAAGAGAAUGAUGAGCUGGCUAUCAUACCUCCCAUCAGUGGUGGCUAG